AAGAGCUCAAGCCUGCACGUGUGCGUGUGUGUACAUCCAUCCACCCCCCUUAGACUCCAUACCCCCAUCAACAUCACCAUGAGCGCCAUCGACGCCAGCCCCGAGCACUCGUCCUGGAAGACGGAGAAUCCCAACAAGGCGCGCGACGCCAUCUCGUGGCACGCCUACACGAGCGGCAUGAAGAUGGGCGCCGUGGCCACGGCCAUCGCGGGCGCCGCCGUGUUCACGGCCAACGCGCGCUGGCCGGCCUUCCGCAACCGCCUCAACACGAGCGGCAAGACGGCGCUGGUCAUCUCGCCCGGCCUGGGCGCCUUCACGCUCGAGGCCGAGACGCGCCUCAUGCACGGCGCGCGCAACCCGGAGAUGUACAUGGCCAGCAUGGACGGCACGUACGUGGAGCCGAAGCAGGAGGCGUCCAAGCUCAAGUUCUGGCAGAAGAGCGCCAACUUCCUGUACGACCACCCGUACCGCGCGCUCGUGACGGUCGGCGCCCCCAUCGUGGGCGGCAUCUACGCGUACCAGCACAUGAACAAGGGCAUCUCGGCCUCGCAGCAGAUCAUGCACACGCGUAUCUACGGCCAGGCGUCCGUGGUCGUGCUGCUGCUGAGCUCCAUGGCGUUCCACGACUACAUGGCCAAGCGCGGCAAGUUCACGGUCGAGGACAACGAGGAGUAAGGCGGCCCCGACGGCAAAGGCUAGCAUUGCACUCUCCUCCCCACCUGUCUUGAAGUCCAAGGCUCCAAGUUGCAGGAAGCGUAGCCGCUGGCGACCUGACAGAAAUACAGCAACACAUUUUUAUUAGUAUCC